GAUCUCUCCACCCAUCUGGAAAUAAAACUGACGUGAAAAGGAACAGUUGUCAAGGAAAGUUGUCAUCGUGGACACUGCAGACAUUUUCUUGUGCUGUGAGAUGAGAGCUAUAGUAUGCACUCUGUUUGUGUCGGGCCUGCUGUGGGACAGUGUGAGAGCCGAAAACAAUAUCAGCAGCCUGCGAGUGGCAGCAGUAGCGUGGGAGGGGGAGCUGCCGUGCUUAAAGUGGGACUGUGAGUGUACAUUCAAGCGCCAGCGGGGCUGCUGCUGUGCCAACCAUGAGCUCCAGGAAGCUGAGGAUCAAAUCUUCAUGAGAAUGAUGGACCUGUCGACCAGAAUGUACCAGCUGGGUGAAAGCAUCCUUGAAGUCAUAGGAGGGAUACGAGUUGCGUUUACAGCCUCCCUGAGCCCCAGAGCAAAAUGCCUUGGACCUGUGACCAGAAACAGUCCCAUUCCAUAUGAUGUAAUCACCCUCAACCAAGGAAGUGGUUAUAACCCUGCUCUGGGUAUAUUCACAGCACCUCGUUGCGGACUGUACUCCUUCUCUUUCUCUGUCUACUCCAAGGUGGACAUGGCAGGUGAGAGGAUGUACUACAAGGUGCAACUCAUGAGAAACGGGGAGGUGGUGGCCUCCAUCUGGGAGGACAACAGGGAGGACUCAGAAGACAGCAGCUCUCAGGCAGUAGUGCUGUCACUGCAGCAGGGAGGCCAGGUUUAUGUAGAACUGCUGAGUGGCAGGCAGCUGUGUGGGAACGUCGCGGGCCUGAACACCUUCUCCGGCUCCUUAAUUUACCCCACUCUGGCCUAAUGUUGGUUUAUUUCACUGUGGGUUUUUUUUUUUUUCUCAAACAGUAAAUCUGAAAUUGUCACAUGAAAAUAUGUAAUUUUAUAUCAUGUUAAUGUUUUAUGUG